UGAAACGCUCAGUUGUGUAUCAGCCCUCGUUCACGAUGGUUGUGUGUCGCUCUUUGUUGUUAGCGCUUUUGACAGCCGCUUGUGUUGAAUUCUCCACUGGAAGGGCUGUCAACAUCAGCAGUGUCUGGCUACUUCCAGAGGAAGGGUUUCCAGUAUUCUAUCGUUACUUUAAAGACCGGAUCACCUGGUUUGAGGCAGACGCUGUGUGUCAAUUCCACCACGCUAAUUUAGUCACAGUGGACUCCAGCGAGCAGUACGAUGCUACUAGGGCGUACCUCAAGGAGUUAGACGUGUUAAACAAUGUUUGGGUGGGACUCAAGAGGAGCCGUGCAGAGGGAGAGUUCACAUGGACUGACUACAAACCUCUUGAGAACGGCGGCUACUGGCAGGAACAGAUCCCGCUGAUGGACAACCCUGUGUGUGCGGCCCUCGAUCCUGCGGCGGACUACCGCUGGCACCCACUCAAGUGUGGCGGGCCAGAGGUGGCGUCCUUCAUCUGCCAGCUGGAGGUUCCCUCCUGGGCGCGCAAGGAGGACGGCUGCAUGUUGACGUCACUACCCUCUCUCACCGUCACUUACCUACCAGAGCAAGGAGCCGUGGAGCUGAUCUCGGACUGUGGCCUGGAAGGGACUCGACGCAUUGCUUGCAAAGGACAAGCCAACCGAGACGAAAUGAUGAAGCAAUUGUCUUGUGAGACUUCAACAGAAGGACAGACAGAGGCGACCAGCAGCAACACCUGGUCUGACAAUGAAGUUCCUACCAGACACAGGAGAGAUACUGACGUCACAGUAGACAUGACCACUGUCCACCACUUGGUGCCUACUACUGAAGGGCUGACAGAAGUGAACUCUGUCGAAGUGACGAAUGACAGCCCUCCUGCGGAAGAACAGAAGGAAAACAUGAUGCAAACAACCAGUGAUUCUGAUAUCACUUCAACUCAAGGACUGCCUCAAGAGAUGUCUGCUGCCGAGGAACCAAUCAAAUCUGCAGUACCGGUAGAUAUUACAAACGACAAAUCGGACGGCAACAAAAUCAUUGUCAAUAUAAUUACAACAGCAGGAAAUUUUACAGGCCAAGCAACUGAAGACAAAGACCUUUUAAACGAAACUCCUAUCCAAAUACCAUUGAAUUCUAUAUCCAGAAUAACAUCAGAUGAAUCAGGCAGCACUGAGACCAAAAAACAACCAGAAGAACGACGGGUCGUUGCGGUACAGUCAAAACCGAUCCCACCAUCUCUUAGAGGUAACACACCCUUCAUAGAGCCUGCCAAUAAGACUGAGACAGAGAAAGACCACACAGUCACCCCAAAACCUGUGGAGAAAGAGUCACAUGAGGUAUUCAGAGAGAGUAAGUCAGACAUACUGUUAAAAGCUCAAAAGCAAGAUGUAAAAGCAGUCAACUUUCCACCACUUUCUGUCUAUAAAGUUAACAAAGAUGGGGAACCAGAUGAAUCGAGCUCAAGGAUUGAACAGACCCCUGCUAAAAACGUAGACCCCACAUCGGCUGCACACACAACACCAGCUGUUGAUAAAACAGAAAUCCAGGAGUCAUCCGACUCCAAGUUUUUCACAAGAGUAGUGGUUGAUGAGAUCACACAAACUACUCAUCAGCCAGAUGUUAAAGUAACAGCCAAAUCCAACACUGACAAUGAUUUCUUCAUUGCCACUGAGAGUCCAGUAAAGAGUGCAGAAAUAUCCAUAAAAGUCACAGAAGUGACUUCUUCUGUCGUAACUGAACAGAAAAAUGAAAAGGAUCUACCAGGACAGGAUCCAAAUGGUGACUUAAGCAAGCCAUCGUCCCUCUCCGACCAGGAAAUGGCGGACGAAGCCGAACCCGAGGCACCUGAGAGACCGAACCGUGGCCGUCUUUUAAUAAGACCCCAACACCAUUCAUUCUAUCCUUAUUUCUUCAACAGGGUCCUAGGUUAAUUUCCGUGCACGUUUCUUUACGGUUCUUUAGUUAAGUACUAGAGAGUAUUACGUUUAUGAAUGGUGCAUACGUGUACAUUAUAUGCUUAGAAAUUUUGAAUAUGGGAUUCACUAUAUAGAUUAGCAAACAAACACAGCAUUUCACUUGCUCUUUAGACACUCAAUUAAACAUAGUUAAACACUGUAGUGCUUUAUUAUGUUUCGUGCUUGUCAUACUACCAUAUACCUAAUUCAAAUAUGAGCACAAGUUGAAUCCCUUAUUUAAAACUGCAUGCUGGCACAAACUCAGAAAUGCACAGUCACUGGUUCAAUUAUUAUGCACCGUCCUAUCUCGACCCGUCCUAAAUGCACAGCUAGCGAAAGACGCACAGCUAGUUUAGCGGCAAUUCGUGUUAAAUGUGCGCUUUUAGACAUAAUCUCUAUGGGGGUGAAGUGCUCUUCUAUUUCUACUGCUCGAAUAUAUUUUGUACAUUUAAAUAAUUGGGCCCUGCACUCUCUUGCGUUGUCUUAGAGUCAGUGUAAUAAUGUGAUAGGGUUGUUAAAUCUUACACUGCGAGUGUGAGGAUAAGGUGUAAAGAUAUUUUAACUUAGUUAAGUGUUUUGGAAAACGUGUACAGUAUUUGUCAGGGAGGAAGUGGUUUUUCUCAGGAAAGGCAAAAUUAUGUAUAACAUAUUAGUUGUAUUCUUUAAGCUCACGCUUUGAACUUUGUAAAGGACCAAGGCAUUAACAAACACGCAUUUAUAAGCUGUUUUUAAAUUCAUUUGAGCUUUUAACUCCCCAGUGGGGGGAUAAAGUAAGUUAAACCUGACAAAGACAGUAAUAGAAAAGCCAUCAGUAAGACAAAAUCAAAACACUCAUUGCAGUUGAAAAUUAGCUGAUAUAAAUUUUCACAUCUUCGCACAGUGAGUAUAACGAGCCAUAAUCAUAAAAACAUUGUAACUGCACCAUUUAAAAUAUCUUAACCACGCUGCGAGAUACACCAAUAGUUAGUUUAGAAUUUCUUAUUUUACCACCAAAGCUGAUUUCUCUGGGAAUGAUCUUCCAUUCAAUCCAUAGUACCAAAAGGGUGUGCCAAAGUAACGUUAGGAAACCACUUCCAUUUACUUGUAUUAGCACAGACAUUCUCGUCGUAAUGUAGUUAUACAUUUUCUUGUUGUGCAGUGUUAAGUCUAUGUAGAAAUUUAUUACGUUAGAUAUCUAUUUUAAGAGAGUACAUUAUGAGAAUAAGGUUGUACUUUGUACUGUAGGAUACCUGUGCAACAGUAACUUAACCGGUUGUACUUUUAUAUAUGUAAAAAUAAACGCUUUGAGGGUUUCCAA